AUGAAACAACCAAUGAUUUGUAGUGGUCAUAGUCGUCCUGUAACUGAUAUAGCGUUCUCUAAUGAAUCCUCUGAAGGAACAUUUAUAGUUUCUGCGUGUUUAGAUGGUAAACCAAUGCUUAGAGAUGGUAUAACAGGGGAUUGGAUAGGUACAUUCGAGGGUCAUAAAGGGGCUGUUUGGUCAUCAAGAUUUAAUUCAAAUGCCUCACAAGCAUUAACUGCUUCAGCUGAUUAUACUGUAAAACUUUGGGAUACAUUAAAUGGAACAGAACUACUUUCAAUAGAACAUCCAUCAAUAAAUAGCAGAAUGAUAAUUACAGGUGGACACGAUAAAAUUCUUAGGAUAUAUGAUUUAGAAAAAGCAAACGAACCACUAUUUCAAAUCUCAGGUCACCAAAACACAAUUAAAAAAGCAACAUGGAGUGCAUUUAAUAGCGAUAUUGUUCUUAGUGGUGGUUUAGAUGAGGUUAUUAGAAUUUGGGAUUUAAGAAGCGGUACCCAAAUUUCAUUAUGCGCAAAAUCUUCAAUAUCUAGUAUGGAAUUUAGUAAAGAUAAGAAAUAUUUAGUUACAACUGCUGGCAAUGAGGUUACUUUUUGGGAUGCUCAUUCAUUUUAUCCAUUAAAAGUUUAUUCUCUUCCAUUCGAAGUUAAUUGUGCAUCAUUAUCACCAGAUAAUUCAAAAUUUAUAGCAGGUGGAAGCGACUUUUGGGUUCAUUCAUAUGAUUUCGAAACAGGUAACGAACUUGAAGUUUCAAAAGGACAUCAUGGUCCUGUUAAUUGUUGUUCAUUUGCUCCAAACGGUUCAUCUUUUGCCUCAGGCUCGGUCGAUGGUACAAUAAGGGUUUGGAUUUAA